UUCUAGUAUUUCACAUUUCCUAGUUCCUACUGCAUGAGUUCAGAUGUAUUAAUUCAUGCACUUGAACAUUAAUGUUCUGAUUUAACUGAAAAACUUGUUCUGUAAUAGUUUCUUUACUAUUGUGAUCAAUUUUUUUCAGUCUCAAUUCUGAGGCUGCUCUGUAAAAAGUUUUCAAAUAAACAAUACACAUAGCAACUUCUGAUCAAUCCAUAUCAAUUUCAGAUUUAAAAUAAUGUAUUGAUGUAAACCACACCCACUUCCGGUGAAACUACACCCACUUCCGGGUUAGGCCACGCCCAUUCAGAGUACAGAUACAGAUAAUUUAGAUGGUUGAACAGAUACAGAUAGGGGUGUGUACUCGCUCAUCCCUACUUUCUACAGAUUAGAGACACAAAAUCUCAGUUUAAGAGACAUCCUCCUCGAACGUUUAAUCGGGUUUAAAAAACAGGAUGACCGGUGGAAGUAAACUGUGAUAUAAUCCAGAUACUGAUUUAAUACAACCCCCCGGCUGGAAAUUAGCUAAUCCGAGGUCAGGUGCUGAAGCCUCUGGAGUCAAAUGUGGCAUUUGGGAUUUAAAACUUGUUUGAUUUGUCUUGAUCUCCGGAAAUCUCUUGUUAUACUAAACGCAAAUGCAUGAAGCGAGACAUUUUGCAUGUUUGAGCUGAAAUUCGGACGCCAAAGAUCUGAAGUCACAGGUGGAAGAAGCGAGGAACGCAUCAGGAUGGAGAAAGUUCUGCUCUGCACCAUCGCUGCAUCUGCUCUGUGUGCCGCCUCCUCCAUCAGAUACCGUCAGUACCAUUUUAUUUAUGACCCGAAGAACUGGACCGAGGCUCAGACCUACUGCAGACAGACGUACACGGACCUGGUGACGGUGGACAGCUACAGCACGGUGACCACGCUCAACAGCCUGGCUGAUGUGACCCAAAUGGGCUCCACCAAACACGCCUGGAUCGGUUUGUACUUUGACGUGAUCGACUGGAAGUGGUCUCUGUCAGACGAAGAUUUCUACAAAAAUAACGAGGCGACGUAUACGAACUGGUACCCAGGACAACCAAACGGCAUCUGGUACACAGAACAGUGUGUAUAUAUGAACUUGGCGUACGCACUGUGGAGUGAUAAUUACUGCAAUACUCUCUUUCACUCAGUCUGCUCCAACGUCAGCGGUGAGAAAUGGAAUCAAGUCAGAUUUAAUAAAGUUGAUUCUACUCUGUUUCUGUGUCGCAGGAUAGGUGAAACAGCCAAGGCGUACCACACAUCUUCCCGAUUUAGGCUCAUGAAACGGCGCAGGAGAUUUGAAGAUAAGCUGAGAUCUUCCUCUGACGUUUGGGUUUGCUUUACUCAGUCUGACUUUGGUCUGUUUUCAGGGGGAAAUGUGACUUUUGUCUUAAAUAGUAAUCUGAUGAACUGGACUGAUGCUCAGAGCUACUGCAGACAGCAUUACACAGACCUGGCCAGCGUGAGGAACCUGUCGGAGAAUGCGCAGAUACGGAAGCAGAUAACCGCACCAGCCUGGAUCGGGCUUUACAAAAACACCUGGAAGUGGUCAAAUGGGCCCUUCUUCACGUAUAAUUACUGGCAAGUUUUGGAACCAGACGGUGGGGACGAGAAAUGUACCGCAGCCAACUUUGCCAACUCUGGUCGGUGGAUGGACUUGGCGUGUGGACUGGAGAAGCCGUUCGUCUGCUACCACGACCCCGUGCCGUUGUGGAGGACGGGGAUAAAGCUGAAGCUGGUGAAAACCUCGGCUCUGCGUCUGGAGGACCCUGCUGUUCAGGAGGACUUACUGCAGCAGCUAAAACAGAAGCUGAUGAACCAAAACGUGACCGGAGACGUGGAACUGAGCUGGAAGAGGCAACCCAGCAGAGACGUCUUCUACCGAGACAAGACCAGCAAAAACUAGGAAGCAGAUUUCUUGUUUUUGUUCAGAUUUUCUUUUGCUCUUAAAGUUAUAAAACAGUACAAUUGGCCUUCAGACAUGAAUUAUUAGAUUUUCAUCCAGAAUUCCUGCAAACAUAAACAGAAAUGAUGAGUUUUUUCAGAGUACAACUUUGUUUCAGCUCCAGUAGUUUGAGUAAACUGAGCUUUCACGGGCCCGAAGCUCGAAGGCUGCAUCUAGACAUAAAACUUGAAUACAUGUAUAAACCAAACACAUACACACGCAAAUCUCUGCUGUUGUUUUAUUUAGGUUCAUAUUUGACUCUAACUGAAAAUGUAUUUGAGUUUAUUGUUUGAAUUCUUAAUUGUAAAGUGAGUCAUUUUCCAUCAGAAAUCUUUAAUCUCAAGGUUACAAAAACACUGAUUUUCUUUUAAAUAGUUCAUAUUUGUUAGAUUGUUUGGUUUAGACAGUUUGUUGUCGAGCUUUAGAUGUUCUAUUAAAUGUGAACAUUUGCUAUUGUUACACUAUUGAUCCUUUCUUUGCCUAAUUAGCUUAUUUAUUGAAGUUAUCAUUGAAAUACGCUGUAUUCUCUUUGUUUUCUGAUGUGGGAUCUGGUUCAGCUGAACGGAUCGUGUUUUCUGACUGACUCGCUGUAUUCAAGCAAAACUUCUGGGUUUUUGCAUUUAGGAAAGCAUUUUUUAACUUAUUUACCUGAUAAACAAGAAGUAAAAUCCAUAAAAACAUGUUUUUUCAUCAUUAGUGUAUUAGCACAAUGUGAAGUUCCUCCAUCGUGUCUUGUUAAAGGCACAAGAGCA